AUGGCACCUAAGAAGAUUAUCCUUGACACUGAUCCUGGCAUUGACGAUAUCCUUGGAUUGCUUCUGGCUUUGUCUUCAAAAGCAGAGGACCUCGAGCUUCUACUUAUAUCUUUGACGUUUGGAAAUGUCGAAGUGAAACACUGUCUGCGAAAUGUGAUCUCUAUGUUUCAUAUCCUCGAACAGGAGAUGCAGUGGCGCCGUCAGAACGGGAAGCCGGAAGGCUUUGGCACCCUGAGAGCGUCACGCCCCGUGGUUGCCCUGGGAGCUGAGCAGCCCCUCGAGGAACAGAAAAUGCUCGCUGAUUACUUUCAUGGAACGGACGGUCUCGGCGGUAUCCAUACCAGUCACCCACACCUUACCCCGACUCAAGCAUGGGAGCAUCUCUUUGACUCCGCUCAGGACCCCGAGGGCAUCAAGCCUGUCCAGACGGGCGCCGCCCCUGGUGACCACUUUUACAUUCCAUCCAAGCUUCCUGCAUAUAAGGAGAUCUUGCGUGCUUUGCGUGAGAAUGAGCCUUAUACGGUAACUCUUGUUGCGGUCGGCCCCCUCACCAACCUGGCAUUAGCAGCAGCAGAGGACCCCGAGACCUUCCUCCGCGUCAAGGAAGUUGUUGUCAUGGGCGGCGCUGUCAACGAGCCAGGAAAUGUCACACCGGUCGGUGAAUUCAAUGCCUACGCAGAUGCGGUCGCUGCGGCCCGCGUAUACGCCUUGACGUCCCCAAGUCCCCCUUCCACUCUACCUCCCACUCGGGGUCCUGACCCCCCCUACCCAGCCAAACUCAGUCGCCCGCUGACUCUGCGACAAUUUCCCCUCGACAUCACUUUGCGCCACAACAUUUCUCGGGGUGAAUUCAGGCAGGCUGUAGCUCCCCUGCUCAAAGCCGGCUCACCUCUCGCCGAGUGGGUUGAUGCAUUCAUGGGCCACGUUUUCCAGACAUUGGAAAGACUGCACCCAGGGCACGAGGGCGAUGAUGCCGAGCUCAGUUUGCACGAUCCCGUCUGUGUGUGGUAUGCUAUCACAGCAGAUGAUCCGAAAUGGGCCCCAUCAGCUUCUUCCCCUGAGGAUAUUCGCAUCGAGACGACGGGGCAGUGGACUCGUGGUCAGUGUGUUGUUGAUCGCCGUAAUCGCCAUCGCAUUGAGGAUGACAAAGAGAGCUCCAGUGAUCAUGGGCUGUGGCUGAGCCAAAGCGCUGGAAACAGGAUCUUGAGGAUGGAUGCUUCGCCAGUCGAGGGAAAUUUCGGCCGGGUCAUUAUCCAGAAACUGUUUGGUUAG